AUGUCGGCCUCCCAUGCCGGCAGGAGGAGGCACCACAGCGUGCGCUUCACCCUCAGAGAGGUAGAUGGGAAAGUACUGGCCUUUUCCCGCCUGGACUUUUCCAGACACUUGGUGCAGAAGGCCCUCGGCUUCAAACCCGAGGAUCUUAACUGUAUCCUGUCUCUGCCCUUCAACAAAGGGUUUGAUGUGAGCUUCAGGUCGGAAGCUAAGUUGAAGGACUUUUGGGCCAAGUACUCUGGGGUGAAAUCCCAGUUUAAUGCAUUCUUGGUGGAGGGCCUGGUGGACAAUUCACUGAAACAUGUGAUUGUUCGAAUGUUCAAUGAAACUGUGAAUGCAGAGGACAUUUGUCUGUGGCUGGGUAGACACUGCACGGUGAAGGGCCAGGCUAUCAAGGUCAGAGAUGUGGAUGGCAUUUGGACAGGCAGCUGGAGGGUCCCCAUCCAACAAUGGCUGGACCCCCAGGGCUACCAAGGCCUGAAGCACCUGCCUAGUGUGAUAGUUCUGGGAGACAACCGUGGCUACAUACACUACCAAGGACAACCCAAGCUCUGCCGGCGUUGUGGGGAGCACGGGCACUUAGUGGAAGCAUGCACUCAAGUGGUCUGCGGUAAGUGUAGAGAAAUUGGGCACACUUUUGACCAGUGUACCAAUGGCAGAAAGUGCAAUCUCUGUGGUGACCUGGGUCACCUCUUUAGAGAUUGCCCAAAAUCUUUUGCCAACAAAUUGAAGGCCGGGAACAGAAAGAUGGAAACUGAAUGUGGACAGGAUGGUGGACAAGAUGGCGGACCAACUGAAGAGUUGAUUGGAGAGGUGGGGCUGGGAAAUUCAAAUCUCCCGCCAAAACCCCCCACUGGAGGAGAGGAGAGGGGUAAGGCGGGAGAGGGGGAAGGGCCUGCGGAGGCCCCUCCCACACAGGAGGGGGAGCUGGGGCCUGCGGAGGCCACUCCCACAGAGAGGCUGGUGGAGGAGCAGAGGCCCGAGGCUCCUCCCACAAACACCAUGGUGCAGAGGGAGCAGGAGGCCCCUCCCGCACAGAAAGAGGUGGAGGAGCAGAGGCCUGAAGCUCCUCCCACCCACACCAUGGUGGAGGGGGAUCAAGAGGCCCCGCCCCCAGUGGAGAAACACCAGCCAAACCAAAAAAAGGCUGUGGGGGAGGGGGACCCUCUUGACCCCCUAAACAAAUGCCUAAGCCUCCUGUUAAAGGAACCCAACAACCCCAAGAGGCCUCUGUCAGAGUCGUCCUCUGGAAAUGAAGAGUUUCCAGAGAAGAGGGGGAGAGCUGGGUCUCCUUCAGACAGUGACUCUGUGGAGGAGCCCAGAGUCUUUCCCUCCGACUCGCCCAACGAGGUCUCUUUCCUCUCCGGAGCCAGACACUCGACUCCGAAGCUCCCCCUAGAGGAGGAGCGUAGGAGGGAUCAGGCUACAUCCCCUCCCUCACCCAUUGAUGAGGAGUCGGAGCCAGAUCCACAGAGGAUAAACAUGACCUGGUUUUAA